UGUGGGCAGGUCAGAGGGGUAACGGGCUCGUUGGACGCCGGGUGGUUUGUCAGAUGAAAUCGUCGCUGUGUUUGUGUAAUUCCUCUCCCACUGGUGACCUUUCAGCGCUGAGGACGAGGCUCGACGGACAGAAGCACCGGCAGACAUGUCGUACUGCAGGCAGGAAGGUAAAGAUCGCAUUAUCUUUGUGACCAAGGAAGACCAUGAGGCGCCCAGCAAUGCUGAGCUGGUGGCAGAUGAUCCCAACGAUCCGUACGAGGAGCAAGGCCUGAUCCUGCCCAGUGGAGACAUCAACUGGAACUGCCCGUGCCUGGGCGGCAUGGCCAGCGGACCAUGCGGGUCUCAGUUCAAAGAGGCGUUCUCCUGCUUCCACUACAGCUCAGAAGAGGUCAAGGGCUCGGAGUGCAUCGACAACUUCCGCAACAUGCAAGAGUGCAUGCAGAAGUACCCUGAGCUCUAUCCUCAGGAGGAAGAUAAAGAGAGUUCCAGCCAAGCAGAGUCUGACAGCGGCGCCGCCUCUGCUGCCGCGACCGAGGGCUCCGCCUUAUCCCCUGAAACUGACGCUACACCUUCUACUUCAGAUCCCUCACCUGACAGCGUGUCACCUACAGACAGCCAUACGGCCAGCUAAGGUCAAAUUUGUCAUUCACAGGCUCUUGUUCUCUGUGUGCAAGCACUGCCCAGCAUACGUGACUCUCCACGAGGAGCUGUGAUUGGUCUGUUCAACUUUUUCAGCCUGAAGAGAGGGCUAAGACCGACACAGCUCUAACACCCGAAGGCAGUUUUUAGCAAGGCCAUCAGAGAAGGACUUUGUGUGUGCAGAAAAACAAAACAUAGUUUAUGUAUAAAAGUAGGCUGCUUUUAUUUGCUGAGAACUCAAUCAUUGUAUGGCAUCAUUUAAUGUCUGCGGGCCAAGCUAUUUGCUGGAGAGACAGUAGCUCAAAGACUCACCUUUAUAUGCAAUAUAUUCAUUUAUUUGAUUUGCUGUGCUGUGCUUUCUCAUGUUAAUCAGGAGUUAUUCAUUAUGUUUGUCAGGAUUAUCUCUUAGCACUGAUUUACCACCAGUUAAUCCUAGCAGUAAUCCCUAGAUUCUUUUCAAUUUGAGCAAUGUUCAUGUUUUUUUUUUUUUAGGAAUUUACCUCAAAUUAAUAUAGUCUUUAGUUCCAUCACUUGAGACCAAAACACAGAUGAUCUAUAUAUAAACAAGGCUACUGUCCCAGCGUGUGUGCAGUGGACAUAAUACUAAUAUAACCACAGAUGUUUUUAACUGUUUGUCAGGGUCUACAUCUGCAUUGAUUGCCGCGUGAACCAUGUUUGUCAUUUUCGUUUACCAACACUGUAUCUGGCGAGGACCAUAGUGGUUUGUCAUGUUCAACUGUUGCUGCAUAAAUCUUUUCCUUGUCUCACCACUGUCCAGAGUGUCCACUUUGAAUGCUGUGGUCACCAUUCAGUGUCACUCAGGCCUUAAAAGACUUCAUGGUAUUUAUAAAACGCGUCCAAAUUAAAAAAUGAUCGUCAAACAA